UGUGUCCAUUUUCGGGAUUUAUUGUCAGUAGCGAUUGGUCAGGUCAUCUAACGUACUGUUAGAUGAGCCAAUCAUAAUUUCUCAUAACAGAGUCUUCCUGAAAUGUCUAAUUUGUAAUCUUACAUCACGUGCGUCUCACGUGUUGAAUUUAACGGCAUAACCUCAAAACUUGUUUAUGGGUAGGAAACAGGUAAUUAGAAAAAAAAUAAACAUGACCCACAAAGAACAAGAACGUUAUUUUCUAAUUGAUUGUUUUUCACGUGAUGGGUACUUUUAUAUUCAAAGAAAAGAGAACUUAUUAGUUACUGAUGAUUCGGACAUAAAGAUUGGGUCAAAAGUGCAGUUCAUUUACAACGAAGAGAAAGAAGUUAGAAAGGAAGAACCGAAAAUUAACAAAGAAAAUAAAAUUCGAAUUGGAAAAAUUAUAAUGGAAUCAGAUAAUACAUUAAAUUUAGAAAAAGAAAUGGAAAGAAGAAAAAAUGAAAUUAAAAGAAAAAAAAUGACUAAAGAGGAAGCAUUAGAAAAUGAAAAGGAAGAACACGAGAGAAAGAGAUUAAAAUAUAUUCAAAAAUCAAGAGAAGGAAAUGUUGCCAUGGCAAUUGAGUUAGAAAAAAAAUUAAACUUGGAAAAUAAAAUAAAAGAAAAUUUAAAAGCAUCGAUUUCCAACACUAGCAAGAUUAAUGAAUCAAUUUUAGAAAUUAAGCAAGAUCUUGAGGAUGCAAAUAUUUAA